UGAGUGACGUCAUCGCCCAAUCCUCGUUCUCCCACAAAAGUUAAAGUAGCUCAGAAGCUAACGCUAGCUAGCAAGCCAUUUUCGAAAUAACAAUAACGCUACAAAUAUACAUACAAAUAUACAUUCUGCUAACGGUAUUUAAAUGUGGUUUUGAAACGCGCGGUUUAUUCACACAACAGUUAACUUCUUGACCCUUAUUUUGCAUCGAUUCCGUUAAUUAUUGUGUUAACUUUGGCCUCACUAACUUAAGCUAACGCUAGCUGACUAGCAUGCCCCCCCAAAAGAUGAAGUCACGUACAUGACCCUAACAUAAGACCACUGGAGGAGAAAACACCAAGGAAUGUGGCGUAAUAUCAGCUGGUAGCUGCUGUGAUGUGAUGUGAUGGAGGAAGGGAGAAGAUUGUCCCCAUCGGGUGGAGGAGCCUCAGCCGGGUUCCCCUGGUCCAAUGACGCUUCCGCCGUGUUGUGGCACAGCACUCCAGUUAAAAAGCAGAAUGCUGGUGCUUCACUGGAUGCCAGCCAGCCGGCGGCCCCCAGCGGCUUCAAGGUCGACAACGUGGCCCCGCGGUGGGCCGUGAACACGCCUCCCAUCCCGGCCGCCCCCCUGUGCGGCUCGCAGGUCACCGAGUUCCCCGUGAUCGACCCGAGCGGCUCCGCCGUGCAGCGGCUGAGGAGGGAGCUCCAGCUGCUGAUGGCCGAGCUGAAGGACCGGGACCGGGAGCUGAACGCCAUGGCGGCCUCCCAUCACAGGCAGCUCCACGCCUGGGAGCGAGACCGCCAGAAGGUGCUCUCCCUGGAGCAGCGGUGUGCCCGCUUGGACGAGGAGCUGCAGAAACGCAACGAGGUGAUCAGAGUCCUGACUAAGCGCGUGUGGGGUGUGGAGAGCAGGAAGGAGGAGGUCCAGAAGGAGCUCAGCGCGACCCAACAGAAGCUCUGUGAGCUGGAGCACAAACAGCAGAACAUCAGCCAACAAUGUCAAGACUUUGAGGAGAAGAACCAGAGUCUGAGCUCCACGCUCAUGGCUUUGUCCACUAAGGUCGGCUCCCUGCAGGUCAGGGAGGAGGAGCUGAGCUCCAUGCUCAAACUCAAGGACAAAGAUGUGACCGAGGCCUCUGGCCACGUGGACGACCUGACGGCGCGCCUGCGAGAUCUGGAGACGACGGUGACAGAAAGUAGCUCGCGGGAAAGUGAACUGCUGAGAGACUCGGAGGAGAACAAACGCCGCUGCAAAGAGUCCAGACGCGAGGUCACGCACCUCAAAGAGGAGCUGCAGCAGCAGGUGACACAGAGCAGCAGCCAGAGGGAGGAGAUCAUCCGCCUCAAACAGGAGCUGCAGCUGCUGCACAGAGACCUGGCCUGCUCGGGGGAGGGAGACGGCUGGAGGGACGAGCUGCUGGAACUGGCUCGCUCCAAACAGGAGCGCGCCGCCUCGGAGCUUCGCUGCCUCCGGCAGGUGUGUGAGAAUCAGCGGAGCGACCUGCAGCUUCUGCAGACGAACCUGGAAAACGCCCGCGGAGCUCUGUGGAAGAAGAGCGGCCGGCUGUUACCUGACAGUCAGGACGGGCGGAGGAGCGUCUGCCCGGACGGCCGCUCGCUCAGAGCCGAGAACUCCAGACGUUUGGGGGACGCCGCCUCUCCGCCGGCGGCCAGCCAGCAGGGCGCGGCGGACGGUGACCCGGGGGUCUUCUCUUCGCGCUCCAUUGACGGAGACGAUCCGCUCUGCAGCUGUUCUCUGCAGCAGCUGUUGGACGAGUCCAGGCGGCUCGCGGGUCCAACAAGCUGCUGCAGCUCCGUGCACGGCCCCGGGGUCCCCGCUGUGAGCUGUGGGGCCACGGACCCCCUGUACCCUCAUAAGUGCCAGGCGCCGCCCCUCCUCCUCCUCCACCACCUCCGCCCCCCCCAGCCGCCCUCGGUGGAGGAGUUGCACGGCGCCGGUUUCUGUUGGUGAGACCGUCUGAAGACACGCGGCUCCUCGACACUCGCUGGAGGGCUGCAUGUUUAAAGGUUAUCGUCAGUAUUGAUCAAAGUGAGUUCAUGUGCUCUACUAGUAAGCGUGUGAUGAAUACUCGGCUACUGGUGAUCAGCGGUGAUGCGCCUCUCAAAGCCCUCGGUGAUGCUGUGUUUUUAUUUGAUGGCUCUGCAUUGUGUUCGUAGUCCAUGCGCGUGAUGUAGACUGGGUGGGACUGAAACCGGUCCUACGGGGCCGCCUGCUGCUCCGUCUGCCGUCUUUCCAGUUCCUCCGCCCGCAGAUGACUCGGUGGCUCCAGAGGACGCGUCCGUGGCUGCUCGUAGCUCCGACAUUUUAUAGCCUGCUCACUACUUUUAAUUAAAAAUACAUUUAUAUGCCAAAA